CACUGUAAUGUUACGGUGGCACGCGGUAAGGCGAGUGUAACACCAACGUAACUGAUUUUGGCUACUGGAAAAUAGGAGUAGCAUGGGAAACCACAGGAAACCCAUGCUCGGAAAUCGCAAUUUGUGGACUCGUCUCCUCUCCUAGUAGUCCCCUCGGUCGAUAAAAAAAGCUCCUCCAUUAUCAUCUGGGUCGCACAUAUGGUUGUUUUCUGUGUACGUGUUAAAAAAUAUCAGUUUACCUUUAGGAGUUCACACAAGUUUAUCUCAUGCUUGCACGUUCAAGUCCUCAGCAGUAAAUUUGCUUACCAGUAGUGGUGGAAUGUUUCCGAGAAUUAGGGUAUUAACGCUUAAUCCAUCGAAUGAAGGUGUUUUGACCCCUGUGAAAUUAUCUCGUAUGAGAAAAAUUGAUAAAUGAUGAGAAUGGGACAUCAUAGGGGUUGCAGUAAUGCAACGUUUAUUUUUGUUACACUGGCAUUUUUGGUAACAACGAGAACUUCAGUCUGUAAUGACGUUGUUGAGGGUGUUGAUGCCGGUAAGACGAGUGCAAAUGCGAUCGUGAAUAACCAGACGAAAUCGAACAAUGGAACUACCGACGAUCAGAAGAAUACUCCAACACAUAAAAUUGGCGAAGUAGGAAAGGGGAAGAUAACGAAUAUCAAUGAUAAGGAAAAUGGAAAAGGAGAUGACAUUCACAGUGGACAACAGAAAGCCGGAGAAGAGAGUAAUAUUAAGAUGGAUCCAACUGUGAUCCCAUUGGCCCACAUACCAUCGUUGAACCCAGGAGCUUUGAAACGAGCUUUCUACGUUUUCGCUGGCCUCAGUGUCAUCGUCCUAGCGUAUUUGAUGAUCCGGAGUUUUGGAUUCAAGAAAAAUCCAGCACAAAUGGUACGUAAAUAUGGAGUUCUUGCGCACAAACAAGACAUUGAAAUGCGCCCACUGCCACUGGAUGAGGACGACGAAGACGACACGACAGUCUUCGACAUCAGUGGUCUGUCGCCUCAGAGAACUCAGCAUUCAGCGCCGUAAAAAUGGAAGAAAAUAAUUGGGCAGUGAAGUUGUAAAACGUAACAAGUCAAUCUUUCACAUUUCCUUGGAGCAGAUAUAAAAAAAUCCCGGAAGACAUGUUACGUUGAAGAUUUUUCAGCUGCAAAAAAUUUCUUUUGAAUUUUUCUUCUAAAUUCAAUUGUUACCGAGAUGGUUGCGCACUCGAAUAAUGGAAUAAAAAAAUGUGUUCUCACCAUGUUACAGCAGAACGAUUGUCUUAAGAAGAAAAUAUCAAAAGUCAUUUCUUUUAAAGGGGUACCGUACUGAAAUUUGAAAGUCUUCGGUUGAUGAAAAUAGGUCUCAAGCCACUUUUGAUAUAUCAUUGGGUACCUAAAAAAGUGAGAACAAUUCCGGACUCAACCCGUUUUACCUCGUACGUCAGGCGAAAACUUUGCUGUUUAUGUUUUUGGUUUUAAAAUGCCCCUCGCACCGCAAUUUUCAUCCGAUUCGAACUUUUGUAUUCAAAAUUAUACGGUAUGUAAAGACGAAAAAGAAAUGAGUAAAAAAUUAAUUUUGAAUGAAAUUCAUGUUACUAUGAUCUAAUCAAGAUAAUUGAAAAAAAAACUUUUAUUCUACUGAAUUUAACUUAAAUUUUGAAAAAAAAAGUUUAAAUCGGAUGAAAAUUGUGAUGCGAGGAGCAUUUUAAAGUCAAAAACACGAAAAACCUCCUUUUUGCUUGACGUACGGAGUAAAAUGGAUUCGAUAACUACUUUCAUCAACUGCACUUUCAGUAUGGUACCCCCAUAAGGGAAUUUUUUUCAGUAACAAAAAGUAUUUCGUAACUCCACUACAUGAAUAACUCAACCAAAAACAAAUGGAAAGUGAAAUUGAAACAAUCAGUGGUACCAAGAGACUUUUUAUCCAUUUCGUGAAGCUUCAAUUUUUUCAUUGCAUCUUCUCAAGCCUUAAAUGUGAUAUUAAGAAAGAAAAAAAAAGUAUAAUUAACUGAAUCUAAGCCCAAUGAUUUUCAUUGGUGCAUUUACUAUUUACGUGUAUGAUAUUUCCAACGAAAAAAAACUGUCUUUGUUGUACGCUUAUUGAAUAUAAAUCGUUUAUAUUUCAACGAA